UAAACCCUUAAUCAAAAACCCUCCCCAAAACAGAUUGAGAUGCAAAUUUUGAUGCUAAUCACUCAUUCAAUUCAAUAAUCAUUUCAAUCUAUUCAUCUCAGAUGGGGAUUCCGGCGUUUUACCGGUGGCUGAUCCAGAGAUUUCCGCGGUCAGUUGUUGACGUGUUGGAGGAUUCGUCGCCGGUAGUUAACGGAGAUAGGUUUCCCGUCGACAUCACGAGGUCGAACCCUAACGGAGUGGAGUUCGACAAUCUGUAUCUCGACAUGAACGGCAUUAUACAUCCGUGUUUUCACCCUAAAAACGGGUCUCCUCCGAAAUCUUACGAUAAAGUGUUUGCCGCGGUUUUCAAGUAUAUCGAUCGGAUUUUCGCACUGGUUAGGCCUCGCAAGGUUCUGUUCAUGGCCAUUGAUGGUGUUGCCUCGAGGGCCAAGAUGAAUCAGCAGCAAGCAAGACGUUUCAGAGUAGCUAAACAUGCAGCUGAUAUGGCUUCUCUAUUAGAGAAACAAGGAAGCGACCAUGCGGAGAAAGAUAAACCGGCAGAAAGUGAAGUGCUCGAUUCUAACUUAAUCACUCCGGGGACUGGAUUCAUGGAAGCACUUUCAUCCGCACUUCAAUAUUAUGUACUUUUAAGGAUCAACAAUGAUCCUGGUUGGAAGGGAGUCAAGGUAAUCCUUUCUGAUGCUACUGUACCUGGUGAGGGAGAACAUAAAGGGAGAACUAUGCCUGGUAAUUGAAGUUUCUCAAUGUAUGGGUACUCCGGGACUAUUUGGCAGAGAGCCUGAGAGUGCCAGAUCCAAUAGUGAAAUUCGAUCUUGAAAGAUUGAUAGAUGAUUUUGUUUUCAUGUGCCUAUUUUGUUGGAAAUGACUUUCUACCCCAUGUGCGAUCAUUGGAGAUAUCAGAGGGGGUUAUCGAUUUGCUCAUGUCUUUUUACAAAAAAGAGUUUGUCCGAAUGGGUGGCUAUCUCACUAAUGCUACUGAGGUAAAUUUGAAAGGUGUGGAACACUUUGUUCAGACACAUAGUUCUCAUGAGAUUGCAAUUUUAAAGAAACGACAGCAGGAACAAUUGGAACUGGGAGCAUCGCGCAAGACGUUUUCCUGCCAAAGUGAAUAAUAUACUAUAAUCUAACAACCGUCUAAAUUUUGAUCUUUAAAUUCCCAAUUUGUACUUCAUCUGGUUUAUUCUAAGACGAUACUUUGUUGACUUCUGAAUCAGUCCAAUUUGCAAUCUGAUGCUACAUUUGUUGCACACAAGGUAAAUCUAGGAGUGGACGGUUGGAAAGAGAGUAAAAUGAUGAUGACCGUGAGACAGUUAAAAAAGAUGCUGUAAGAAAGCCUAG